UUGAUUCGAUUCUAUUUUCUCACUUGUCAUCCUCUCGUUUCGCCAACUGAUCUUCUAACCAUCUCCGUCUCCCUCUCUCUCUCUCUCUCUCUCUCUCUGACAAGCAACUCCAAUGGCAGAAUCCAAACCUGGAACAACGCAAGCUCCGCCUGAUAAGGAAGUAAAGGCACCUAAUUUGCUUGAAAGAGCAAAGGAAGAGAUUGAGGGAAUGCGGCACACAGACAAAUCACAUCAUGAUCACAAGGAAACUCAUGGAUUGCGAAAUGAUAUCGAUGAAAACACCCCGUUAGAUGGUGUCAAAGCUCCGAAUAUGUUCGAGAGAGCGAAGGAGGAGUUUGAGGCCAUAGUUGAAGCAAUUCAUCCCAAGAAAGAGUCUCCCACUCAUGGAAAAAAGGACGAAAGUAAAAAGGAGCCGAAAAAACAGGAGAAAGCUGUUUCUCUAUCAGAAAUCUUUUCCAUUUGUGGCAUGCUGGCAGAAAAUCAUGUCAAGAUAGCCAGUUUGAUUGGGAAAGCCAAGGAGAAGAUUGAGACAAUGAUGCACCAUGAGAAGUCGUUGAAGAAUCAUGAUAAAGAAACACACGAGAAGUCACCAAAGCAUCAUACCAAAGAAACUCACGGAAGGAGUAAUGACAUUGACGAGAGUAUCCCAAUCGAUCAUGUUAAGGGUCCGAAUGUUUUUGAAAGAGCAAAGGAGGAAAUCGAGGCCAUUGUCGAAGCGAUCCAUCCCAAGAAAGAAGAGAAAAAUCCGGUUUCCACACCUAAAAAGGAAGGUGGGUUUGGGGUGUCAAUAGGAAGAGGUUUGGAGAAGGUGUGCUCCCCUCAUGGAAACAAAGAUUAGUUGUGAGUUUUUUGUCAAGUUGUGUGAUACUUCAUCCUCAUUCUUUUCUGCCUGAUGACAAAUCAGGGGAUAUACAUGAAAAAUUGUAAGAUUUUUUGGUUACUUAAGUUUCUGUAUGGCAUUCAUGUGCAUUAUAUAUCCUUCUUAUCA